ACAGAUCCAGGAAAUUACUCGAGGAGUUGGGGCGUCUCUCUUCCUUCUCUUCCUGUUCUCUUUAUAUUCUCUACAAACUGCAUCUGGCUGUUUACAGUGUUUUAUCGCCAGCUGACUUGAAAAAAGAUUUUCAAGUUAAAAUGUGCAACGGCUGUGUGCAAAAAGAAUACCCAGACCGGGGGAACACUUGUUUGGAGAAUGGCUCUUACCUGAUGAACUACCUGGGCUGUGCCAACUGCCAUCAGAGGGACUUUGUGCUGAUCAGCAAUAAAGCCACAGAGGAUGACGAUGGAGAGGAGAUCGUAACAUAUGACCAUGUUUGCAAAAAUUGUGACCAUAUCAUCGCCAGGCACGAAUACACUUUUUCUGUUGUUGAUGAAUACCAGGAGUACACUAUGCUCUGCAUGCUGUGUGGAAAGGCAGAGGACUCCAUCAGUGUGUUACCAGAUGACCCCAGACAGUCUGCGCCUCUCUUCUAGACCUUACACCUGCAGGUCAUGAUUCACUUUUUAGAUGACGUCACCACCACGGACGUGUUGCUGGCUGCUGGCGUCUGGGUUCCAAUCCUUUUUUAUCAUGCAUUCAAAAAAUUGUAUGCAUGUCUUCAAAGUACACCGCAUUUUAAGUCUUUGGCUGUUUAUAAACUACUGUAUGCGGAUAUUAGUUGAGCAGGACAUAUAACUUAGUAUUAUCCUACAUGACAACAACAAAUAUUCUGUAUUUUAAUUUACGAUGUACUGUAAAUAAAUAUUUUUACAUUUUAUUACCAUCUGCAUUUUACUGCCCAACAAAUCAUAUCUGAUGUUGCAAAGUCAGUAUGACAAAAUAAGGGAGUUUACCGUGCAGCUAUAGAAAUAACAGCUUUGUUAUUAUUGUUAUGUUAAAAAUGCUAUAAUUUGUUAUAAAAAUGGUAAAUAGUUUAUUUCAAAUGUUAGAAUAAAAAAAAUUAAAUGUAUCCGCUUAAACAGUUCAAGGUUAUUUAUUUUUGCCAAAAGCUUACCCCUAAAUAGUAUGUCUCAUUGCCACCAAACUGCAGUGUUUUAAACAUGUUCAACUCUGAGCCCAGAUGCUUGGGGAAGAUAAAAUCCAGUCUUCACAGUUAUGAGCCUAUUUGUGAAGUUGCUUGAGAUUAAAAUUUAAUUUCUGACUUUGGAAACAGCAGUUAACAAAAAAAAUAAAUACAUUUGUACACUAA